UGCUUUAUGUUUGGCUUUAAAAGUCCUGGUUUGGUUGGAACUAUACGUAUAGUUAGUUUGGCUGCUGGGGGGUUAAGUGAGUGGUAAAGAAUGGACGUGAUUAAAUUUACUCUUUUGGUGUUUCUUUAUCAGCAGUUGCUAUGGCAAGGAAACGUCUGGAGUGUUCCGGCGCCUCAGGCGGACUAUCCCAGAGCUAACACCACCACCACCACCAAGGCGGCACCUCAGGCGGACGAUCCUUCAGCUAACACCACCACCACCAAGGCGUUGCCUCAGGCGGACGAUCCCACAGCUAACACCACCACCACCAAGGCGUUGCCUCAGGCGGACGAUCCUUCAGCUAACACCACCACCACCAAGGCGGUGCCUCAGGCGGACGAUCCCACAGCUAACACCACCACCACCAAGGCGGUGCCUCAGGCGGACGAUCCCACAGCUAACACCACCACCACCAAGGCGUUGCCUCAGGCGGACGAUCCUUCAGCUAACACCACCACCACCAAGGCGGUGCCUCAGGCGGACGAUCCCACAGCUAACACCACCACCACCAAGGCGUUGCCUUAGGCGGACGAUCCCACAGCUAACACCACCACCACCAAGGCGGUGCCUCAGGCGGACGAUCCUUCAGCUAACA